AGCGUUCCGAGAUUUCAGCGGUGGGUGUUGCCUCGACUGUGAUAGCGGGCGGCUGCUGCAUUCACCAUGCCUACUCCGAGGCAUCGGUACACCUUGGUCGGUUUUUCUGAGGAAUUGGAUUGGAGAGUGUUGAAUUUCGUGGAACCGAUUCCGCCGCACAGGAUAUGUAAAGCGUGUGGCCUAGUAACCAGAGUGACCGCUUUCCUGCCUUGCCUACACAUUUUCUGCAAGAACUGCUACGAACAGUGCCGCCAUGACGAAGGGCACUGCUGCCCACUCGAUGGUCAAAGAGUCCUGGAGGAAGACGUCGAAUGGAGGGAGUUUCCUGUGGUGAACGUGCUCAAACGGAAGGUGAAAUGCUGGAACGAAGAUCAUGGCUGCGACAUUGUUUUGCCUGCAUCAGAACUCAACAAGCACUUUUGCAAAGAUUGUGACCACCACUCCACUUUCUGUCCGAGAUGUUCGAUGGCCGUACGCUGUAAUAAUGUGUGCGCGCAUAUGCAGAGCGAAUGCAGGGAUCACGUGAUGCCUGUGACGUCCGAGAAUCCGCAGACAAACACCACUGGCGAAAAAGCAAAGAUGAUUGCUUUGAAUGCAAAGCUAGACACACGAGUAGGUGAAAUGAAAGAGAGACUAGACCACCUUACGCAUGGAAAUGACAUCCAAAGUAACCGCCUUAAUGAGAUUUCACAUUGCAUGGACGCAGUGAAAGAAACACUGCGAGAAAUAUCCAGGAGAACUAGUACAUUGGGCAGCGUUGCAUCCUCCACGAAAGCAAUUCAUGAAACUCUAAAUGGUCACAGUGAAAAGUUGCAGCAGCUUGCAGGAACAAUAAACAAUUCACAGGAAACACUGAAAGAAGGCAUGGAGCGAAGUUUGGAACAACUUAGAGAAGAGACAGGAAACACUCUGAAAGCGGGCUUGAGAGAACUUUUUAGCGGUGAGAGUGGUGCACUGACGGAUAGCCUUCGAAAAGAGUUGGAGGUCGCCACGAGGGCAAUCUGCAGCAACUGCGCAGAAAGUGUUGCUAAGAUUGUUGAAGCAAAAGACUGCGAAAAGGAAACCAGUCUAUGUGUAAUAAAUUCUGAAAAAAUUGUAGCUCUAAGCAGAAUCAGUGUUAAGCAAAACGAGUUCGUUGUAGAAGGAUUGAAAGAACUGAAGGAGAGCGCCUUUUCGGUAGGAUAUUGUGCGUAUGAGAAGGAAAAGACGUACAUGUCUGGCUAUCACUUGUCGCCAGGAGUGUCUUUUGUAAGACAGGGACAGCAUGUUAACCUGCAUCUUCGCAUUCAGCUGCACAAGGGAAUGAUCGACGACGUUCUUCAAUGGCCGUUCAAAGAAAAGGUUCGGUUGACCAUUAAACACCCGUCUGAAAACAAAGAAUGGAGAAAGGAGAAAGUCCCUGCAGACAAUCCUGUGCACUAUGCAAAGCCCGAUAAAGCAAGUAAUCCAGCAGUAUAUUUCAUUGAUUGUUCAUUUAACUUGGAUGAUCUCGAACGGGAAGGAUAUGUCGCGGACAACAAGCUUCAGGUUGUGUUAGAGCUUGUUUCGGGAAACUGAGCCAAAUGAAAACAGAUGCAAUUAAGUAUGUGUUAUAAACACUUAUAACAAUGCUUCCGGCUGAAAUGUGUUGAUUGUACUGUAUGCACUCGCACAUCUAUAGGACCACAUUACUGAGGCAUACUAUAGCCUCUUAGUCGCGCCAUAUUACUUCGGAAACGGCUUUUCAAUAGAUGAACAAGUUCCAAUAAAACACAUACAUCUGUUGUAUCAUUAUUUAUGACCGUUUUUGA